AUGUCAUAAAUAGUUUUGGUUGUUGGUCCUUUGAGAGCUGGUAAAAGCAGCUUAAUAGAUGCUCUCACUUAUGGAUAGCUUCAUAAGGAAAUUUAUACUUAGGAUAUUCAUUUCUAAGUAAAAUUAGCAAAAAUCGCUUAACAUAGAGUUUACGAAGUCCAAUCUAUAGAAUGGGAUGGAAAACCAUUAGGCCUAAUCGAAUUUUAUUCUAAUCUUGCUGAUUUAGUCUUGAUCGUAGUUAAUAUUUGCGGAAAUUAUGACUAAAUGGAUUAAGUUCAGGAACUAUAUUUAACAAUCUCUAAUUCUUCAAAUAGAAAAUAAUAAAUCACUCUAAUAGGCAACUGGAACGGAUAAACUCAAAGAAAUUAAUAAUUAUGUUAAAGUAUAAGUAGAUUUGCAAAAUUAAAUGACAUAAAACUAUAUGAACUAGAUAGUAUAAAUCUGAUUAAUGUUUAAAUGGAAUUUCAUUACAUAAGAAAUUAAUAUUCUAUUUUUGAUGACAUUUUCAAUAAAAAUAAAAAUACUAUAUUGUAAAUUGCAUCGUAAGCUGUUACAAUAUUUAAGUGA